AUCUCACCAGCGGUCACACUAGAGGAGGCAAGCAGCCUCACAGCACAUUCUGACCCUCACACACAGGCUUGGAGAGAGAGACCGAAUCAGCACCUCACACACAUUGACAGAAACUGCUUGCUCCAGAGCGAGGCCCUCUUUACUCAACCAGCAUCACUAUCUGUCCUCUCUCUCUGACAUGGAGCUCCACAGCCUCCGACACCACCACAGCCACCGGACCGACAACAAGCUUCAGAUGCUGAACCUCAACCAGCGCCUGGAGACCUACCUGGGCCGAGUGAGGCUGCUGGAGGAGGAGAACAAGCUACUAUGCCAGGAGCUCCAGGCCCUGAGGGUCAGUGGCCAGGGGGGGCGGAUGGGCCUGGAAGACAAGCUGAGCCUGGCCAGGCAGGAGGUGGAGGAAGCCUGGAGGGAGAAGGACCGGGUGGAGCUGGAGCUAGGGAGUCUGGGUGAGGAGCUCCAAGUCCUGGGGCUGCAGAGACGGUCGGAGGCGGACGCCCAUGGGGAGGUGAAGAAGAAGCUGGCAGACAGCAGGAAGGAGAUGGAGGAGGAGAAGAGGGCUCAGAUCUGGUUAAGAGAGAAGGUGAGCCAGCUGGAGAAACAAAUCCAGUUCCAGAUACAAACCCACCAGGAAGAUAUUGCUGGCUUCCAGGCUACACUAAUCCAAGUCAGACCUGCCCUGCCAUCCCCUCCACCCCAAACGGGCACCCAGCUUCCCAGCCUCCAGGACCUGGGUGAGGAGUACUCCCAGAUGGCUGUCAGGGCGUGGCAUGAGGCGGCCAUGGUGUUUCAGGGCCAGGUGGACAGCCUGGACGAGUCUCUAAACCAGGCCAGAACCCGGUUGGCCCAGGUGGGCCAGGAGAAAAUUGAGAGCCAGCUGAAACUUCAGGCCCUGGAGAAUGAGCUGUAUUCAGCCCAGGAUAGAAGGCAGUGUCUGGAGAGGAGUGUGGCCAAACAGAGAGACAUGCAGAGGCAAGAGACACAAAACCUGCAGGCCCAUCUGAAGGUGUUGGAGAUGGAGAAGGGGGCGCUGGGAAAUCAGAUUGACACUCUUCUGACAGAAAGUAGGGGUCUGAUGCAGCUGAAGAUGUCUCUAGGCAUGGAGGUGGCCACAUACAGAGCUUUACUGGACCAUGAAAGUCUGAUGGGGGAUUUCUCUUCAACAGAUCAGCUAAGGAGUACCUACACAUCUGAUGGAGUCCCCAGCUCUCGAGGGGUUAAGCAAAGCUUCCAGACACAGCUGGCUACCAGUCACAUGAUCAGUCCCUUCUCUACCAUUCAUAGAGCAAGCCCACAAUCCAAUGUAACAACGAUGUCCGCAUCACCAAUCUGGACUCAAAACCAGGUAACCCUGAACGAAACACCUGAGAGUUGUCGAAAGACAGAGGAAGAGCAUGUUGACUUUGACGUAGGGUCCAACCGGCAGGUUAUUUGGUCAACGCCUUACCCCAAAGUACCACAGGAUGGAAUUUCAGUUGACCACUUCAGACCCCAAGAUGUCCAUGAAGAAGUCAACUAUGCUGAGCCUCUCUCACCUCCCACUGAAGAGGCAGGAGCUGAUGUUGUAUCUUGGCUUGGUUCUGACCAUAAGGAACAAUCCAUGUGGGAUUUAGAAAAGGAGGAAGAGGAUCAGAACAUAGUCAGAACCUGGGUUGCUAAAGACAAACCAGUUCUAGAACCUGCUAUGUGUCACCAGGUUGAGAUCAGCUUCAGUAUGCCAACUGUGUUCAGCACUGAUGCUCAAGAGCUCUACAGCCCUUCAGUGAGCGAUGAGAGAGCAGGUUCAGUGACAGGGGCACAUUAUGCUUUCUCGGCGAAUGAUGAUAAUGAUGUACCUUUUGAAAUGUCUUCUGAAAAGGAGGAACCUCUACUAGAUCUGCCUUACGGUCCCAUGAAUGCAUUGGAGGAAAGAGAUCUUGAAACAGCAAGGAAAGACGCUGAAUGGGUGGGGAAAGAAGGCUUGGAGUCUGAAACUAAAUCAGUGCUAGAACCUGCAUUUGAGACCUUCACAAGCAGUCAAGCUUUUGAGUACAACAAGCCAAAAGAGUUCAACCAAGAGGACAAUAUGUCAUAUGCAUCUACUCAAGCCUCCCACGGUUCAGAAGAGGCAUUUCACCACGUUAAAAGUGUGGAGGAAGAUGUUAUUAAUCUCACAAAAGAGGAUGAUGAAAACUACAUGUCUAAAAAAGAUGAGGAGCAAUUGGAAGAUGAAUUGCGCCCCUAUGGGUAUGGUAAGGAUGAUUGUGAAAGAUUGGCAGGGUUCUAUAACGAAAAUUGUGUGACAGAAAGAAUCGAUAAGUUCAACCGAGAGGCGAUUAUCUCAUAUGAAUCUGCUCAAGCUUCUCACUGGUCAGAAGAGGUAUUUCACCAUGUUGAAAGACUGGAGGAAGGUGAUAUACAUUUCACAAAAGGGGAUGAUGAAAAUGAUAUGUAUAAUAAACGUGAGGAACAAUAUGCAUUGCACCCCAAUGGGGAUGUAAAUGAUGAAUGGGAUAGAGUGGGAGGAUGCAAUGAAGAGAAUGGAAUUAGAGAAGGAAUGGAUGAAGGAAAGGAUCAAGAAGGAAAGGAUCACAUGAAAGAGGAAGAGAUGUGGAAUAACAGAGAAACCCAACCAAAUCAGUCUGAUCAAGAGCAUAUACCUUCAAAUGUAGAGAAACUGAAUCAAUUUGAGCAAGAGCAUAUACCUUUAGGCAGAGAGAAACUGAAUAUAUCCGACAAUGACAAAGAGGAUCAUGAUGAGGCAAACUACUGUCAAAAUACUUCUGUUUCGUGGAGGGUUGAGCUAGAAGGUGACAGCUACACUCAGGACAACACACUGGCCGACACACACCCCCUGAUCCGUUACAAGAGUGAUGAGACGGAUGUCAACACUCAGGCUUCACACAUGGGCGAGAGUGACUCCAGUGAUGGUGAACAGGACAGGGAGGUAUGCCAGACAGGAUCAGGCACCUGGGGCGAAGGCAAGUCCAAACAGUUUGACACCAUGGAGGAUCUGUAUGAAGAGUCAGAAGGGGAUGUCAUAGAUCAGGAACGUAACAUGGGCUCCACUCACCAAGAGGACGUGGAUGCUAGCCAAACAAAGGAGCAUGCUACACAGGAGAACGAUGAGGAGAAUGCAGUAGAUCAGUUGAUUCAGGAGGCAGAAGAGGAACAAUCCUAUGAGGAACUUACAGAACCUGGAGAGUACUCCAUGAUGUGCUCUGAUGAGGACAAUAAUGAAGAAAGAAUUGAUAGAUUGGUGGAGCAAGAGUUAGAGAAUUUAUCUAUAUCCAGUUACAGUGAACACUUUAAUGGGCAAAUGAUUGAGAGCGGGUCAGUACUGAGUCUUCAAAUUGUGUCUCUCACUGAACUUUCCCAGACACAAGACAUAUUAUACAGUGAGGAGGUAGAGCAGAUACACUCAGAGAGACUGAAUCAAUCUGAACAAGAGCAUACGACCUCAGGCGGAGAGAAACUGAAUCAAUCUGAACAAGAGCAUAUGACCUCAGGCGGCGAGGAACUGAAUCAAUCUGAGCAAGACCAUAUGACCUCAGGCGGCGAGAAACUGAAUCAAUCUGAGCAAGAGCAUACGAUCUCAGGCGGCGAGAAACUGAAUCAAUCUGAGCAAGAGCAUACGACCUCAGGCGGAGAGAAACUGAAUCAAUCUGAGCAAGAGCAUACGACCUCAGGCGGCGAGAAACUGAACCAAUCUGAGCAAGAGCAUACGACCUCAGGCGGAGAGAAACUGAAUCAAUCUGAACAAGAGCAUACGACCUCAGGCGGUGAGAAACUGAAUCAAUCCGUGCAAGAAUAUAUAAAUUCAGGCAGAGAGAAACUGAAUCAAUCUGAACAAGAGUAUAUACCCUCAAACGGAGAGAAAAUGUAUCAAUCCGAGCAAGACCAUAUACCCUCAGACGAAGAGAAACUGAAUCAAUCUGAGCAAGAGAAUAUUCCUUUCAGCGGAGAGAAACUGAAUGAAUCUGAACAAGAGUAUUUACCCUCAGAUGGAGAGAAAAUGAAUCAAUCCGAGCCAGGGUACAUAACUUCAGGCAGAGAGAAACCGAAUCUGUAUGCGCAAGAACAUAUACCCUCAGGCAGAGAGAAACUGAAUCAAUCUGAGCACGAGCAUAUACCUUCAAACGGAAAGAAACUGAAUCAGUCUGAACAAGAGUAUAUACCCUCGGGCGGAGAGAAACUGAAUCUAUAUGAGCAAGAACCCAUACCAUCAGACGGAGAGAAAAUGAAUCAAUCCGAGCCAGAAUACAUAACUUCAGGCAGAGAGAAACCAAAUCUAUAUGCGCAAAAACAUAUACCCUCAGACAGAGAGAAACUGAAUCUCACAGAGCAAGAUAAUAUACCUUUAGGCGGAGAGAAACUAAAUCAAUCCGAGCCAGGGUGUAUAACUUCAGGCGGAGAGAAUUUGAAUACAUCUGAGCAAGAGUAUAUACCCUCAGGUAGAGAGGAACUGAAUCAAUCUGAGCCAGAGUAUAUACCCUCAGGUGGAGAGAAACGGAAUCAAUCUGAGCCAGAGUAUAUACCCUCAGGUGGAGAGGAACUGAAUCAAUCUGAGCCAGAGUAUAUACCCUCAGGUAGAGAGGAACUGAAUCAAUCUGAGCCAGAGUAUAUACCCUCAGGUAGAGAGGAACUGAAUCAAUCUGAGCCAGAGUAUAUACCCUCAGGUGGAGAGGAACUUAAUCAACCUGAGCCAGAGUAUAUACCCUCAGAGGUUAUGUAUUCAAUGACCUCUAGGAUUCGAAUGACACCUGAACACACAUCUCUUAGAGAAAGUUCAGCAGAAAUAUCCAAAGCAGAAUAUUUGGCUCAAAGUAAUGUCUUCAGUGAGGAACUGGGAACUGAAGCUAUACCAGACAAAAUAGAAGGACAGGAUGACCAGAACCUUUCUAUACUGACUCAUGAAGACUUUACUGAAAGCCAUUCUAUCCACAGCAGUUUAAACAGCAGGCCUGAGAGUCAAACCAACAUGAACAACUCGGAUAUAGAAGAGUCCAACAGCACAGAUGAUGAGUCUCCAAAUGCAAGCCAGUAUUUGCAACGUGCCAACGAAGCAAAUCUAACUGCAGAUCAGGUAGACUUGUUAGAUGUGGCGGUCUCUCACUAUGAGGAUUGCAAUGCUCUUAUAGAACAUUCUGCAGAGGAGGUCACUAGCUAUCAGGCAAGUCAUGAAUGUCUUCAGACAGACAAAUGGGAAGUCUUAGAAAGUCAAAACAAACACCUGGAAUCUGGAGAUCCUUUUGCAGGUCACAAGAGAGACUCGGAGAGAUCAUCCAAAACUGACAGCAAAGGCCGGGACCUCCACAGCUUCCUCAGCUCUGGUGUACACAGCAACUUCUGGGGUUCCAAUCUGGAAACAGGAGCCUCCUAUCAACCGGACGAGCCAUAUGACCAUGUGACCAAGCUACCCAAUCAGAACCUAGCCUUGGCUGAUAACCUAUCCUGGGUGGAUUUGGAAUCCACAGGCGGCCAAUUGGAACAUGAAGAUGGACAGUGACACACCUAAAGCUUCCACCCUUGAAGAAGAGGACAAACAGAUGCCCUCACAGGUGAAGCAGCUGGUGUGUAGAGAUGUAGUAGAGG